UCGUGCUGCAUUUCUUGUCACAUUUCUUGUGGCGCUAGAAGCGACGUUCGAGACGAUCAGAUGAUCCCGGAUGCCGCAUGCCGCCGGAGCCGCGCGAACGUGUCGCGUCGUGCAAGGCAAGUUGACGGGAUUAACACUAUUAACAGUAACGUUCGCAAAUUGUCACGUCGCAGCAAUGUCACGAUAUCACAACGUUUCUUGCGUACUGCGAUCAUCGAGUUUCGAUUUUCAGAUUAUCCUCUGCUGCAACAUAUGAUUAUAAACUUGUCGAGAGUAACAGAGAGGUUGUAACAUAACCUGAGAGAUGGCUGAUGAAGCUGCGUGCAAGAGGCCCAGGGCGGACGACGACGAGGAGGAGCUUCUGCGCCAGCAGGAAGAGUUCCUGAGGACGAGGCAACAGCCGUCCGUGAAGGUGGUGAACUUGAGGGAGCCCGCUUCGGGCAAUGCCCAAGGCGCGAGCAAGGUGAGGUCGCGAUUCUCCAGUUUGCGGCAGUCCGGGGCGAAGCGGGACGUGGUGUCCACCUCGCGAGGCAGCGGCGAGGUGAUAAACCCGGUUGUCAGGGACAAGAUUCGGGAAACGGCGAAGGGGAGGCUGGAGGACGUGGUGCAGAAUACGCCUGUGGCGACGUCGAACGUAAUACUUGGCAAUGUCAUGGAGAGGAAAUUCGACAUCGAGAAGUACGAGUUCAACGACAGUCGCGUCCCCACGGCGGUCGAGCUGGGAUUCCCCGAGGUUUUUGGUUCCGACGACACGUCGCUUAUGAAAAAAAUCGAUGGUAAGCAGAGCUUAUUCGGGCAGAAAGUUUCAAAGCUGAAGUCCGUGAGAGAUGAUUCGGCGACGGUUCGGAGGGACGAAUCUUUCCACCGCGGCAAGGAAGGGGCGGUUGCAAGGGAGGAUCAAUUGGCCGUCGAAAUUCACAGGGAAAAUGUGGAAAAGCUGGCGCAAAUGAGCGAAGCUGAGAUAUUGGAGGAAAAGAGGAAGCUCGAGGAGACUCUCGAUCCCAAGCUAAUACAAUUUUUAAGAAACAAGAAAAAUAAAUCCGCGAAAAGACCGAUCGAGCGGGACAGUAGGCAGCUUGGCGCUUCAGUUGCGAGCGAAAUCGCAAUCGACGUGGAGGUAUCCAGUGAUAAAAAACUCAAGCUUUCGUCAAAUGAUAACGAAGGAAUGGACUGCGAGAAUGAUAUAACGAGCACUUCAACUGCAAAAGAGACGACAAUGGAUGCAGAAGUAUCCAAUGGCAAAAAGACACAAUUGUCUUCGGAUGAUGCGGAUACAAAAAUGGAUUACGAGGCUGACCCUUCGGACAUACCGGAACUGUUCAAAAAGAUAUUUGAAGAAGGCAAACAGAAAGGAUGGCUGCAUAUGAACACUCCCGAACCAGAAAAGUUGAAGUGGAUGGAGGACCUGCCGGAAAAGAAGAAGGACGAGCCCGCGCCGACCGAAGAGUACAAUGCGAGAUUUGAUUUCAACGGUCUUUUAUUGCCAUACAAGGAUGAGAGCUUGACCGUGGACAGAGGCCUCCAUCAUCACGGAGACGAACCCGAACGUCCCGGAUACUCCCUUCAGGAGUUGCUGCAGCUGAGCAGGUCUUCCACUCAACAGCAACGGUGCACCGCCCUUACCACUCUGGCCAAUAUCAUGGAGAAGACGCGCAAGGGUUGGUACGACCAGGCCCUGCAUCCGGCGCCGUUGACCGCGCUCAGUCAGAAGAAUAUCCUGCUGCUGCUGAGGUUCUCGCUGGACGACACGUCGGUGGCCGUAGUCACGGCGGCUCUGCAAGCGCUCAGAGCCUUCCUGAUCAGCGAGGCGGACGAGGUCUGCUUGGACAGGCUGCACGGAUUCGCCGAAUUCGCGGAGCCCACCCUGACACCUCGACUCGAGGACAAGGACACGAGUGGUCUGAAGGAUCACGAGUUGGCGCAGCUGGAUGCCGCGGCUACGUUAUUGAGAUCGGAUUUUUUAUUAAGAAUUAGGUACAUCUUAAAUGAGAUGCAUCCACCACCCGUUGGAGUAAAGUGUGCCUUGGAGAUACUCAUCCGCCUCGCGAGACACUCGCACAUAACGGCACUGAUUAUCUCGUCCACGCCGUAUUUGUUAGACACCAUCGUCCAAAAUUUUAUACCGUUGUCCGUAGACCGACUAGCGAUGCAGGAAACGAUAAAUAAUGUUUACGGGAUCCCCGUAGUUAAGGCGAUUAAGUUGUGUCGCGUUCUCGUCACGUAUGGCAAGAGGCCGGUCGCGCAGAAAUUGGAUAAUUUCAAAAUUAUCCAAGCCAUUCUGACGUACGUUAGCAGCGAAACGGGGAGGAAAGAUGACAUAAAUCUCAGCAUCGAAAGCCUCCGACUCUGGCGAGUUUUAUUGCAUUACGAGGUAGGCCUGGACAGUGUUACGGGCGCCCGGUUAACUCUCGUAUCGCAAUUGCAGCUGUUAUUAAGCAAUCACGAUAUUCAAAACACGUCCGAGUUGGCGUGCGAGCACGCCGCGGCGUUGAUUGCUGUGGCGGGUCACGAAAAAACGUUAAAACCGAACAUCUCUACGUUGCUAGCGAAGUGGAGUACGCAAUUUUCGUCGGUAUCUAAUGCAACGUGGGGUGACAUGAAAUUGAUUGCGGAGAGUUUAUCCGCCGCUGACGAGAUAUCCUCAUUUAAAACAACGUGGCUGUCCAAUCCGCACGUUUUCUCAACUCUUCGUUCCAGUUCGAAUUUAUUGAGCGACUGCAACGCGGCUACGGAGCGGGAGCCAUCCUGUCUUCCAAACUUGGGUGUUCUCACGAAGAACGGAGAGUUGCAGCCGAUCGUGUCGGUACAUUCAUGCAUACCGUUCUUGGCGGCGGUAUUGAACGCGCUUCGCAGUAACUCUCGCGCGGCAGAAAUUCGUGCGAUACUCGAACACCCGUGCUUCCUCAAGUACAUACAAGACUUGGAAACGGCCGAAUGGAGCUUGGAAAGGUCGUGGUACAGCAGAACAGAGUUAUAUCUCUUGACAGCGGUGGUAGAAGCGGUAUCUCUCCUCGGGGACGCAAUCAACAAUCGGACAGCGCAAACUGUGUGGAGGAUCGCCAUCAAACUCAUCUCUGCGUUGCCCGCGGACGCCACGGAUCUCGUGAGGAGGCUCCUGCAAAUCGCGUUGUCGAACGGAAACGUGAACUUGGGGAUAGUCACCAACGAACUGGCCAAAUUGAAUCUGACGUCCACGGUGGAUCAGGUCGAGACGGGCUUGCGUUCGGACGCGGCGUUGCUGUACGCGAGAUACACCGCGCCGAACGGCGAUUGGAGCCAAGCGGCGAUGCCGAAGGACUGGCUCUUCCUGCCGCUGGUUCACAUAUACACGAAGUGCAAGAACGACAUCAGGUUGCAGCCGGCUGAUAAGGACAGCGUCCUGACAGUGCUGAGCCUGGCACUGAUCCUGCCCGAUCUCAUGGAGAAGCUGUCGCCCACGUUGAGAUUCAGCAGACUGGUACUGGUGUACCUCUGCGACACCGUCUACCUGGACGGCGACGUGUCUACGUUGCUGCCGAACGUCCUGUCGAAUCUCUUGAAGAGAUACCAUACGCGGUUGAACUUCCGGAUGGAGCUACCCGGGCUGAGCUCCUUCACCGAUCUGUUCACGGCGCUGUGCGAGCACUUCUGCUCGAGCUCGUACGGCGACGACGGUUUCGCCAUGACGGUGCUGGUGCCAGUGGCGCAGCGGCACGAUUCGCACUACCGGAAGCUGCUGUGGUCGGAACACGCGGCCGCGCUACGCUACCUGAAACUGCCGCCGGAGAAGCUGGCGUUGCCGCUGAAGGAGUACCUCUAUCCGGAGGAGGAGGACACAUCGCUCAUCGAGAGCUACAUCACGGCGCUGGUCCGCGGCGUGGUCAGGGUGACGUGGUGCCCGGUCCCAUUCGCCAUCGCCACGCACCACUCGGCGAUGUAUCUGAGGCGCUCGAACAGGCUGGCGGUGCGAAUGCGCGGGCAGGUGGAGAAGCUGCGGAACCGAGAGAUCGCGGACGCAUUGUUGCACUACGUACCACCGCGAUUAUGAAUAAAAUAAUGUAAGUAACAAUAACAGAACAAACGCAACAUGUGAUUUUGUAUUUAUUGUAUGUAAAUAAUAUAUAUAUAUAUAUAUCUUUUUAAAUUUUAUACUAGAGUGAUCCUUAAUUAUAUCUCAAUGAAUUUAAGAGUAAGAGGUCGCAGAAAAUUCUCCGAGAGCAUUGCGGAAGCUUGAUUCAUUGUAAGUUCUUUUUCGCCGCCUACUCUAGGAUGAGCAAAAGACUGUGAUCGCAGUGCCAGUACAACAAACAUACGCGCGCGCGCGCGUAUGAAUUAUUUAAACACGCGCCCUCGUGUACGCCCACACAAUUGGUGUAACUUUGAAAAUAACGUUUAAUCCGUGUUCGCGUACGUAUGACGUUUUUUUUUCCUGUUCUAGAUAUCGCUCUCUGAAGUAUAAAUAUAAUCGAGAAUCACCCUGUAUAUGUACAUGCGGUACAUUUAUAACGAUAAUUUCGUUAAAUCCAUUAAACGUAGUAUAGAGAAAGUAGAAACGACCUGCACAAUUACAGUAAGCGUAGAGGCGUUAAUUGGUCACUUCGCUGAUUGCCAAAGUUUUCGGGUAUUGAGGUGCUUCGAGCUCCUGUCGUAGCGGCUCCGAGGACGUUUCUAAAAUUAAUUCACGCGCAAUAACGCGUAUAUCGGGCGAGCAUUUUUUUACAAAAAUCCUCCAUCCUCCGAGAAGUGCAAAGAUAAGAAAGAAAAGGAGGCGCGAAUUAUCGGAAAUGAAAAACAUCUAAGCGAACGCAUGGCGUUAACAAAACGCGCGAAAGUGCAUCGUGCACUUCGAUCGCAAAGUUUCACGAAAGCUGACGCCGCGCCGUUCACACAAGUGAAACUUCUGUCGAUGCUUUCGAUUAGAAAAAAAAAACGCCGUUUUUUUCUCACCGUGUCAUAUUGCCUCGCGAUUGAUUCGCCUGACAAUUAUAAGUAUUAAUCGGUAAUCAAUGACGCGCGUAUGUUCGAUUUUGAAUGAAUUCGUUCUCUUGCACUUUUAUUCUCCGUCUCGCUAAGCUUGUUCGCGUUGCCAGAAAUUCCCAAAAAUUUUUUCACUUAAAACGAGAUAAAUAUACAUUCGUUGAAGAAAGAGAAAGCGCAGAUUCUGCAUGCGAAAGUGCAAGUAACGCAAAUAGAUUUACUGUUUUUAUUGAUCUGAUCUUUUGAUUUUAAUCACUUUCGCCUUUGUUCUCUGUAUCGCUUUCGGACGAGUCUUUCUUUUUUUAUUCAAUCGAGAUUGAAGCUUUUUGAACAGGUUUCUCUAUUUUUUCAAAUAUCUUUGGAAAGAAAAUUGUAUUUAUUUAUUCGAAAUUUAUUAAGAUUCGAUUAUUUGAAUAUAUCAUUAUUUAACGAUAAGUCUUUAAAUAGAUCGUAUAAUAAUUCCACAAUCUAAGUCUAUAUAAUCUAUAUAAAAUAAUAUCUUUUUCUUUAUCAUCAGUUUAUCGUCGCUCUCUCUCUCUCUCUCUC